UUUUUUUUGUUUUGUUUUUGGCAUUGUCAUUGUUUGUUUUGUUUGGGUUUUUGUUUUGUUUUGUUUUGUUUUGUUUUUGUGGAACAUCUUUGGCUGUCCUGGAAUUCAAUCUAUACAACAUACACUCAGCCUACACAUCAGGCCGGCCUUGAACUCAUAGACAUCUGACAGAGAACUAAUAUCCAAAAUAUAUAAAGACCUCAAGAUGUUAGGCAACAACAAACCAAAUAACCCAAAUAAAAAUGGGGUACAGAACUAAACAGAGAAUUCUCAACAGAAUUCAUGACCAAGAAACACUUAAAGAAAUGUUCAAUAUCCUUACUCAUCAGGGAAAUAAGAGUCAAAACAACUCUGAGAUUCCACUCCACACCCAACAGAGUGGCUAAGAUCAAAAAGGCAAGUGAUAGCACCUACUGGCAAGGAUGUGGAGCAAAGGAGAGAGAGUGCAAACUUGUACAACCACUCUGUAAAUCAAUUUGGCAGUUUCUCAGAAAUUUGGGAAUAAUUCUACCUCGAGACACAGUUUUACCAACUAUUUCUGGGGAUAUGCCCAAAAGAUGCUCCACCAUCCCACAAGGACACAUGCUCAACUAUGUUCAUAGCAGUUUUAUUCAUAAUAGCCAGAAACUGUAAUCAAUCUAGCUGUCCCUCAACUGAAGUAUGAAUAAAGAACAUGUGGUUCAUUUACACAAUGGAAUACUACUCAACCAUUAACAAUAAAGACAUCAUAAGGCAUUGGAGCGGCAGGUUCCCCCCCAGUCCAGACACCGCCCGGACCUGGAGGGACCAAUCAACAGUUCUCGGCACCCAAAUCCCGAGGGAGGGAGAGCUAAACCUUCAGAGGGGCAGACACACCUGGGAAGCCAGAAGAGACUACACUCUGCCCACAUUUCUGACUCCAGAGGAAAACACCUAAUGCCAUCUGGGACCCCGGUGCCUGGGACUCCAGGAAAAGGCUGUGAAGGCCCUCCUGGUUGCCGCCCUCAUGGAGAGCUCAAAAGCAGUCCCCCAUAAGCAACUUGAGCCAUGGGACCACAGGUAAGACCAACUUUUCUGCUCUAAGCGACCUGCCUGGUGGACUCAGGAAACAGGCCCACAGGAACAACUGAAGACCAGUAGGCAGGAAAAACUACAGGCCCGAAAGCAGAACACUCUGUUCCCGUAACUGGCUGAAAGAAAACAGGAAAACAGGUCUACAACACUCCUGACACACAGGCCUAUAGGAUGGUCUAGCCACUGUCAGAAAUAGCAGAAAAAGGUAACACCAGAGAAAAUCUGAUGGCGAGAGGCAAGCACAGGAACCCAAGCAACAGAAACCAAGACUACAUGUCAUCAUCAGAGCCCAAUUCUCCCACCAAAGCAAACACUGAAUAUCCAAACACACCAGAAAAGCAAGGUCUAGAUUUAAAAUCACAUUUACUCAUGAUGAUAGAGGACUACAAAAAAGAUAUGAAGAACUUCCUUAGAGAAACAAAGGAAAACAUAAAUAAACACGUAGAAGCCUAUAGAGAGGAAUCACAAAAAUCCCUGAAAGAAUUCCAGGAAAACAUAAUCAAAAUUAAAAAUGGAAAUAGAAGCAAUAAAGAAAGGACACAGGGAAACAACCCUCGAUAUAGAAAAUCAAAGGAAGAGACAAGGAGCCGUAGAUACAAGCAUCACCAACAGAAUAUAAAAGAUGGAAGAAAGAAUCUCAGGAGCAGAAGAUUCGAUAGAAAUCAUCGACACAAUGGUCAAAGAAAAUGGAAAAUGGAAAAAGCUACUGGUCCAAAACAUACAGGAAAUCCAGGACUCAAUGAGAAGAUGAAACCUAAGGAUAAUAGGUAUAGAAGAGAGUGAAGACUCCCAGCUCAAAGGACCAUAAAUAUCUUCAACAAAAUCAUAGAAGAAAACUUCCCUAACCUAAAGAAAGAGAUGCCCAUAAACAUACAAGAAGCCUACAGAACUCCAAAUAGUUUAGACCAGAAAAGAAACACCUCCCGUCACAUAAUAGUCAAAACACCAAAUACACAAAAUAAAGAAAGAAUAUUAAAAGCAGUAAGGGAAAAAGGUCAAGUAACAUAUAAAGGCAGACCUAUCAGAAUCACACCAGACUUCUCACUAGAGACUAGGAAAGCCAGAAGAUCCUGGACUGAUGUCAUAUAGUCCCUAAGAGAACACAAAUGCCAGCCCAGGCUACUGUAUCCUGCAAAAUUCUCAAUUAACAUAGAUGGAGGAACCAAGAUAUUCCAUGACAAAACCAAAUUUACACAAUAUCUUUCUACAAAUCCAGCGCUACAAAGGAUAAUGAAUGGUAAAGCCCAACAUAAGGAGGCAAACUACACCCUGGAAAAGGCAAGAAACUAAUUGUCUUGGCAACAAAACAAAGAGAAGAAAAGCACACAAACAUAAUCUCACAUCCAAAUAUGAAUAUAUAACAGGAAGCAAUAAUCACCAUUCCUUAAUACCUCUCAACAUCAAUGGUCUCAACCCUCCAAUAUAAAGACAUAGAUUAACAAACUGGAUAUGCAACGAGGACACUGCAUUCUGCUGCCUACAGGAAACACACCGCAGAGACAAAGACAGACACUACCUCAGAGCGAAAGGCUGGAAAACAACUUUCCAAGCAAAUAGUCUGAAGAAGCAAGCUGGAGUAGCCAUUCUAACAUAAAAUAAAAUCGAUUUUCAACUAAAAGUCAUCAAAAAAGAUAAGGAAGGACACUUCAUAUUCAUCAAAGAAAAAUCUACCAAGAUGAACUCUCAAUCCUACAUCUCUAUGCUCCAAAUACACGGGCACCUACAUAUAUAAAAGAAACCUUACUAAAGCUCAAAGCACACAUUGCACCUCACACAAUAAUAGUAGGAGAUUUCAACACCCCACUCUCAUCAAGGGACAGAUCAUGGAAACAGAAAUUAAACACAGACAUAGACAGAUUAAGAGUAGUCAUGAACCAAACGGACAGAUAUUUAUAGAACAUUCUAUCUAAAACAAAAGGAUAUACCUUCUCACCACCUCAUGGUACUUUCUCCAAAAUUGACCAUAUAAUUGGUCAUAAAACAGGCCUCAACAGAUACAGAAAGAUAGAAAUAAUCCCAUGCGUCUUAUCAGACCACCAUGGGCUAAAGCCGGUCUUCAAUAACAAUAAGGGAAGAACGCCCACAUAUACAUGGAAGUUGAACAAUGCUCUACUCAACGAUAACCUGGUCAAGGAAGAAAUAAAGAAAGAAAUUAAAGACUUCCUAGAAUAUAAUGAGAAUGAAGGUACAACAUACCCAAACUUAUGGGACACAAUGAAAGCUGUGCUAAGAGGAAAACUCAUAGCUCUGAGUGCCUGCACAAAGAAACAGGAGAGAGCAUAUAUCAGCAGCUUAACAGCACACCUAAAAGCUCUAGAACAAAAAGGAGCAAAUACACACAGGAGGAGUAGAAGGCAGGAAAUAAUCAAACUCAGAGCUGAAAUCAACUAAGUAGAAACAAAAAGGACCAUAGAAAGAAUCAAUAGAACCAAAAGUUUGUUCUUUGAGAAAAUCAACAAGAUAGAUAAACCCUUAGCCAGACUAACGAGAGGACACAGAGAGUGUGUCCAAAUUAACAAAAUCAGAAAUGAAAAGGGAGACAUAAAUACAGAUUCAGAGGAAAUUCAAAAAAUCAUCAGAUCCUACUACAAAAGCCUAUGUUCAACAAAACUUGAAAAUCUGCAGGAAAUGGACAAUUUCCUAGACAGAUACCAGGUACCGAAGUUAAAUCAGGAACAGAUAAACCAGUUAAACAACCCCAUAACUCCUAACAAAAUAGAAGCAGUCAUUAAAGGUCUCCCAACCAAAAAGAGCCCAGGUCCACACAGGUUUAGUGCAGAAUUCUAUCAGACCUUCAUAGAAGACCUCAUACCAAUACUAUCCAAACUAUUCCACAAAAUUGAAACAGAUGGAGCACUACCGAAUUCCUUCUAUGAAGCCACAAUUACUCUUAUACCUAAACCACACAAAGACCCAACAAAGAAAGAGAAUUUUAGACCAAUUUCCCUUAUGAAUAUCGACGCAAAAAUACUCAAUAAAAUUCUGGCAAACCGAAUCCAAGAGCACAUCAAAACAAUCAUCCACCAUGAUCAAGUAGGGUUCAUCCCAGGCAUGCAGGGAUGGUUUAAUAUAUGGAAAACCAUCAACGUGAUCCAUUAUAUAAACAAACUGAAAGAACAAAACCACAUGAUCAUUUCAUUAGAUGCUGAGAAAGCAUUUGACAAAAUUCAGGACCCCUUCAUGUUAAAAGUCCUGGAAAGAACAGGAAUUCAAGGCCCAUAUCUAAACAUAGUAAAAGCCAUAUACAGCAAACCAGUGGCUAACAUUAAACUAAAUGUAGAGAAACUUGAAGUAAUCCCACUAAAAUCAGGGACUAGACAAGGCUACCCACUCUCUCCCUACUUAUUCAAUAUAGUUCUUGAAGUUCUAGCAAGAGCAAUCAGAAAACAAAGGGAGAUCAAGGGGAUACAGAUUGGAAAAAAAGAAGUCAAAAUAUCACUAUUUGCAGAUGAUAUGAUAGUAUAUUUAAGUGAUCCCAAAAGUUCCACCAGAGAACCACUAAAGCUGAUAAACAACUUCAGCAAAGUGGCUGGGUAUAAAAUUAACUCAAAUAAAUCAGUAGCCUUCCUCUACACAAAAGAGAAACAAGCCAAGAAAGAAAUUAGGGGAACAACACCCUUCAUAAGAGUCCAAAAUAAAAUAAAAUACCUCAGUGUGACUUUAACCAAGCAAAUAACAGAUCUGUAUGAUAAGAACUUCAAGACUCUGAAGAAAGAAAUUGAAGAAGACCUCAGAAGAUGGAAAGAUCUCCCAUACUCAUGGAUUGGCAGAAUUAAUAUAGGAAAGAUGGCCAUUUUACCAAAAGCGAUCUACAGAUUCAAUGCAAUCCCCAUUAAAAUACCAAUCCAAUUCUUCAGAGAGUUAGACAGAACAAUUUUCAAAUUCAUCUGGAAUAACAAAAACCCCAGGAUAGCUAAAACUAUCCUCAACAAUAAAAGGACUUCAGGGGGAAUCACUAUCCCUGAACUCAAGCAGUAUUACAGAGCAAUAGUGAUAAAAACUGCAUGGUAUUGGUAUAGAGACAGACAGAUAGACCAGGGGAAUAGAACUGAAGACCCAGAAAUGAACCCACACACCUAUGGUCACUUGAUUUUUGACAAAGGAGCCAAAACCAUCCAAUGGAAAAAAGAUAGCAUUUUCAGCAAAUGGUGCUAGUUCUACUGGAAGUCAGCAUGUAGAAGAAUGCAGAUCGAUCCUUAUCACCCUGUACAAAACUUAAGUCCAAGUGGAUCAAGGACCUCCACAUCAAACCAGACACACUCAAACUAAUAGAAGAAAAGGUGGGGAAGCAUCUCGAACACAUGGGCACUGGAGAAAAUUUCCUGAACAAAACACCAAUGGCUCAUGCUCUAAGAUCAAGAAUCGACAAAUGGGAUCUCAUAAAACUGCAAAGUUUCUGUAAGGCAAAGGACACUGUUGUUAGAACACAAAUGACAACCAAUAAAUUGGGAAAAGAUCUUUACCAAUCCUACAACAGACAGAGGCCUUAUAUCCAAAAUAUACAAAGAACUCAAGAAGUUAGAGCGCAGGGAGACAAAUAACCCUAUUAAAAAAUGGGGUUCAGAGCUAAACAAAGAAUUCACAGCUGAGGAAUGCCGAAUGGCUGAGAAACACCUAAAGAAAUGUUCAACAUCUUUAGUCAUAAGGGAAAUGCAAAUCAAAACAACCCUGAGAUUUCACCUCACACCAGUGAGAAUGGCUAAGAUCAAAAACUCAGGUUACAGCAAAUGCUGGUGAGGAUGUGGAGAAAGAGGAACACUCCUUCAUUGCUGGUGGGACUGCAAACUGGUACAACCACUCUGGAAAUCAGUCUGGAGGUUCCUCAGAAAAUUUGACAUUGCACUACCUGAGGACCCAUCUAUACCUCUCUUGGGCAUAUAUCCAGAAGAUGUCCCAACAUAUAACAAAGACACAUGCUCCAGUAUGUUCAUAGCAGCCUUAUUUAUUAUAGCCAGAAGCUGGAAAGAACCCAGAUGCCCUUCAACAGAGCAAUGGAUUCAUAAAAUGUGGUACAUCUACACAAUGGAAUAUUACUCAGCUAUCAAAAACAAUGACUAUGAAAUUCAUAGACAAAUGGAGGGAACUGGAAAAUAUCAUCCUGAGUGAGGUAACCCAAUCACAGAAAAACACCCAUGGUAUGCAAUCAUUGAUAAGUGGCUACUAGCCCAAAUGCUUGAACUACCCUAGAUGUACAGAACACAUGAAACUCAAGAAGGAUGACCAAAAUGUGAAUGCUUCACUCCUUCUUUAAAAGGGGAACAAGAAAACCCUUGGCAGGGAAUAGGGAGGCAAAGUUUAGAACAGAGGCAGAAGGAACACCCAUUCAGAGCCUGCCCCACAUGUGGCCCAUACAUAUACAGCAACCCAAUUAGAGAAGAUCGAUGAAGCAAAGAAAUGCAGGCUGACAGAAACCGGAUGUAGCUCUCUCCUGAGAGACACACCCAGAAUACAGCAAAUAUAUAGGCAAAUGCCAACAGCAAUCCACUGAACUGAGAUCGGGACCCCCGUUGAAGGAAUCAGAGAAAGGUCUGGAAGAACUUGAAGGGGCUCAAGACCCCAUAUGAACAAUAAUACCAACCAACCAGAGCUUCCAGGGACUAAGCCACUACACAAAGACUAUACAUGGAUUGACCCUGGACUCUGACCUCAUAGGUAGCAAUGAAUAGCCUAGUAAGAGCAUCAGUGGAAGGGGAAGCCCUUGGUCCUGCCAAGACUGAACCCCCAGUGAACAUGACUGUUGGGGAGAGGGUGGUAAUGGGGGGAGGAUGGGGAGGGGAAGCCUAUAUAGAAGGGAAGGGGGAGGGGAUAGGGGGAUGUUGGCCCGGAAACCGGGCAGGGGAAUAAUAAUUGAAAUAAUAAGAAACACUCAAGUUAAUAAAGAUUAAAAAAAAAUAAGAACCAACUGAGAAGAGCACUUGCCUCCUUAAAAUAAUAAAGCUCUCUAUUGAACCAUUGGAUGGGCCACAUAAAUGCACACUGACAUCUAAAAUAAAACCAUCAGUCAAUGGCUAUUUUCCACAACUCUGUCACACAAUAAUAGCCUGCAGAAUAGCUAAGGUUAUUUAAUUUGAAAUAUUAAAAAAAGGGACUAAUUGGGCUGGAGAGAUGGCUCAGAGGUUAAGAGCUCUGUCUGCCCAGAGGACCUGUGUUCAAUUCCCAGCAACCACAUGGUGGCUCACAACUAUCCAUAAUCAGGUCUGGUGCUCUCUUCUGGCCUGCAGGCAUACAUGCAGGCAGAAAGUUGUAUGAUAUAUACAUAAUAAAUUUUUUAAAAGAAUCUUUUAUUAAAAAGGGGGGACUAAUCACUUAUUCAAUGGGUAUGGUCCUUCUGAAAGUUAAGAAAUUCCAAGGAGGACUAACAAUUUAGCUCAGUCAUCAGUGUUUGCCUGAUAUGCCACAAAGCUCUGAGUUCCAACACCAGCACCACAGAAAGAUGGGCAUUGUGGCCAAUAUCUGUAAUUCUUGCACGAAUAACAACGAUAUUUAACACCACCACCCAGAAUUCCAAAUAUAACACAAUCACAGAAACAAUGUGCCGCAGACAGAACCACAAUUCUGCUAGAGCACAAGGCAAAUUAUGGUCAGCUGCUGCAGAUAGUCCGAAGCAGCCCCACAUCCCUACACCUGGGAUCAAAACAAAAGCACCCUCUUAUUUGUUUUGUUUUGUUUUUGUUUGUUUUUUUAAGAAGCCAAAAUUCCAGAAUUCUCACUACAUCCCUUCCUCUGUUGGGGAAAACUGGAGAAGACAUUUAGUGUAGCCUACCAUAUACUUAAAGUCCACUAGGUCUCCACAAUUCCCACCCAAACUUUGGAAGACCACACAACCUUGCCCACUCUACAAAUCUGGACGCAAACGCCUGUCCUCUCAUAGAAACUUUUAUUCCAAGGCCUAUUGACUUUCUGUUUCUACAGUUUAGUCCUUUCUUCCUCUCCCUUUAAGAGCACCAGUGAAAAUUCAGCACGAUAGCAUCCUUUUCUCCUUCCCCUCAGGAAACUCGCCUCGGACCCACAGUCAACCACCAUCCAGAUCCCUCCCCUCUACACUAGGUAUGCUGUACGUUCCGUCUGUCCCCUCGGUCAGCCCUCCUUAUCUUGCUACGCGGCAAGCGUCCCCCAGCAGACCUAACACCAGCACUUCCGCCCCACCUCCUUGCUCAUCCCCUGUUUCCGGUUUGUCCAAGUUCUUUUGCUCCUGUUUGAGGGUUCGACUCUUUCCCAGCCUGGGUCUCUAUCCACACAAGGGCAGGUGCUCAGCAUCUUAGUAUCCUCCUUCAAAGGCUUCAUCCUAAUUCUUUAGCAGCCAAUAGCACACUCCUACGGACUACGGCUUCGCCCACCAACAGAACGGACGCCGCCUGAUUGCUGCCGCUAAACCUCCGCGGGGGCGUCUGGGAGUUGUAGUUCGGACCAGUGAGCUGACGCAGUUCGGGACAAGACCGACGGGCGAGCGCCAUUGUGUCUUUCGCAGUCACUUGUAACGCUUCGUGAGAGUCCGUCGGACAGCACCCAUCUUAUGUUUUAUUCGUAACUUCUGGAGCCUAGUGUCGGCUUCGUUAGUGACUCCACUUCUACGGACCCGGGAGAAGGUCUGUAGUCCUGGGUCAGGAUCCUGAGGAAGACAUCGUGUUCUAGAUGAAGAACACAAUUUAAGAAAACCAACCGCAUUUUGGAUUAGAGGACAUCAGCUGUCCCCUGUCGGUUAGAGGGGAACCUGUCUUGUAGGCUUAUGGGAGUCGGGGAGAGGACUCACUUGUCACUUUGCCGUGUGGGGGUGGACUGGCCAUGUCCUGCAGAGGGACGGGAUAUAGGCAGAGGUGGGGUAGCCACUGGGCACAUUUCUUAGUGCCCCCCCUUCCACCUUCAGUUUCGUCAGCAUUCUGCCUACUCGCGCGAGAGAACAUUGAGGACAGUAUGGCUUCCACGCUUCCAACAACCUGGCCCCAUGAAUCUGUGAAGUUUGAAGAUGUAUCACUGACAUUUACCAAGGAAGAGUGGGCACAGCUGGACCUCCAACAGAAGUGCCUAUACAGGGAAAUCAUGAUGGAGAACUACAAUAACAUGAUUUCAGUGGAGCAUCACUUUUCCAAGCCAAAUGUCAUAUCUCAGUUAGAAGAAGCAGAAGACUGCUGGCCAAUGGAGAGAGAAAUUCGUCAAGAUAUUCUUCCAGAAUGUUCUGGGCCUUCUCUGGACCCUGGAAUGAAUUCCUUUCCUGCUGAGAGUCCCCUGAUGAAGAUCAAGGUUGUUGAGGUCCUUACAUUGAACAAGGAUGUGGCUGGUCCCCGGAAUGCCCUGAUUCAAUCCCUAUAUCCAGAAAGUAGGGAAAACUUGAACCCAGGUAACCUCAAACCAGCUAAGCCAAGCAAGCGUUUGACUGACACUGAAGCUUUGCGCCAGAAGUUCCGACAUUUCCAGUAUGAAGAAUCAGCUGGUCCCCAGAAGGCUGUGUCCCGGCUUCGUAAGCUGUGUCACCAGUGGCUGCAGCCCAAUAUACGUUCAAAGAAGCAGAUCAUAGAGUUGCUGGUGUUUGAACAGUUCCUGAGUGCACUGCCUGAGAAGUUUCGGGUGUGGUUAGAGUCACAGCACCCAGAGGACUGCAGAGCAGCAGUAGCUUUGUUGGAGAAUAUGACCUCAGUGACUAAGGAUGAUGCUCAGCUUGUCUGCUCUAGUGAAGCCACUGAUCAACUAAAGGAGAAAAGAAAGGAUGUGGCUACCUUACCAGUUACUGUACCACCUGAGGAGCCGGUGACUUUCCAGGAUGUGGCUGUGGGCUUCAGUCAGGAGGAGUGGCGGCUACUAGGUCCAGUGCAGAGGACGGAGUAUCAUGAUGUGAUGCUAGAGACCUUGGGCAACUUGGUCUCUGUGGGGUGGGAGCCUACGUUGGAAAACAGAGCGAUAAGUCCAGACUCUCCCAUUCCUGUGGUAAAACCAAUUCAUGAUCCAAACCCAAAAGAUCUCUCAAGGAAUGGUAUCCAAUCCACUGUCUUUGAAAUUAUCUCACAAGAUAGGGUCCAAGAAAUACACACCAUAGAAUCAAAUCAAGCGGGUCUUCUACAGGAAAAAAGCCAUCCUCAGAAGAAGCUCUCUGAAAGCUCCAAGUCUCAGGAGGGAACUAAUCUUCACAAAAGCCAGGGCUCACUUGAUGAAGUUCCUCCUAGAAAGCAUGUAAAAGUUAAGCAGAAGGGGACUAGAAAGGGGAAAGACAGGAAGAACACCAUUUCCAUGACACGAGGUUUACGCAUAAGAAAUCAGCAAAAGGACUCUGUGGAGUGGCAAGGCAGGGGUGACAGCAAUCCCAUGACACAUGGCUACUCUAUAAAAAACCAACGGGGUUCUGAGCAAGGAACAGCUGGGGCCAGAAGAGAUCCCAUUACACUUACUGUGUCUGCACAAUUUUACCAGAAAGCCACUGGCUCUGAAGAGGGUAGAUUCAGGGACAAUAGCAAUGCCAUAGUACCUGAUACACCUACAAAGAUUCACCAGAAAAGCCCUGAAUGGCAUAAAGUGGGGAGAAGUAACAAUUCCAUGUCAUCUGUACAAAAUGACCAGAUGGGGUCUGGGGCAGGAAGAGGCAGGGACAAUACUAUCUUGACACAUGCACUACCUGUAAAAAUUCACCAGAAAGGCUAUGAAGAAGGUAAAGUUCAAGGAAACAGGAAUUCCUUGAGACAUGUAAAAGCUCACCAGAAGGGCUCUAAAGGGGAAAGAGUCAGGGAACUUAGCACUUCUGAAAAACAUGUUCCCUAUAUAAAAAAUCACCUAAAGACCUCUGAAAGAGAAAAAGGCAGGGAAAACAAUGAUUCCAUAAAAUACGGUCCCUAUAUAAAAACUUGCUAUAGGGGUUCUGAAGUGAGAAAGCUCAGGAGAGCCAAUAAUUGUACGAAGGCCAUCAGCCGGCAUGCUCAGCAGAUAUUCUUUAUAAAAAUUCACAAGGGGAGCCAAGUUUGCCGAUGCAGUGAAUGUGGUAAAAUGUUCCGAAAUUCUAGGUAUUUCUCUGUCCAUAAGAAGAUCCACACAGGAGAACGGCCUUACAUGUGUAUGGCCUGUGGGAAAGCCUUUGUUCAGAGCUCUUCCCUCACACAGCAUCUUAGAAUUCAUAGUGGAGAGAGACCAUUUGAGUGUUCAGAGUGUGGGAGGACUUUCAAUGACCGCUCAGCCAUCUCUCAACACCUGAGGACUCACACUGGAGCUAAGCCCUACCACUGUCAGCACUGUGGGAAAGCUUUCCGUCAGAGUUCCCACCUUACCAGGCAUGAGAGGACUCAUACUGGGGAGCGACCAUAUGUGUGCAGCAACUGUGGGAAGGCAUUCACACAGAGCUCACACCUUAUUGGGCAUCAGAAAACACACAGGAUAAAAUUCAAGAAGCAACCCAAAUUGUAGCCUUUGUGCCUUUCAAAGCACUAGUUUUUCAGCCUUGAGAUGUACUAUGCAGACACCGAGUGUGAUAAAUAGGCUUUGAAUAAGGAAAGCCCCACAGCUUAAGGGCAGCUCAGGACACCACCCAGCAGGCAGUGAGUGAAACCAUCAGGGAGUUUUUUAAUUGCUUCACUUAUCCUCAGAAGGAAAUAAAAGAUCUGAAAAUACCCCUAAGUUUAAGAAGCCAAGUACCAAAAUUUGCACCAAUAUUUCUAUACAGGGUAAAGUGUGUGAGUGACAAAAAUUAAAAGUAUGUAGAAAAAUAAACUUAUAUUUAUGUGGAA